GCUGUAGGGGGCGGUGACCUCGUUCUAGGGACAGCUCCGUGCCUUCUGGAGGGACAGAUCCUAGUUGAAAGCAGCUGUGAGAGCGCAGCCUCCAAGAUGAGGCCGGCGGUCAUCCUGUGCCUUCUCUGGCAGGCGUUCUGGCCCCAGCAGAGCCGUAGCGAGCACCCCACCGCCGACCGCGCGGGAUGUUCGGCCUCGGGGGCCUGCUACAGCCUGCACCAUGCGACCAUCCAGCGGCGGGCGGCCGAAGAGGCCUGCAACCUGCGCGGCGGGGCGCUCAGCACCGUGCGCGGGGGCUCCGAGCUCCGCUCAGUGCUCGCUCUCCUGCGGGCAGGCCCGGGGCCCGGAGGGGGCUCCAAAGACCUUAUAUUUUGGGUGGCGCUGGAGCGCAGGCGAUCCCACUGCACCCUGGAGAACGAGCCGUUGAGGGGUUUCUCCUGGUUGUCCCCCGACGUCGGCGGGUCGGAAAGCGACACGCUGCAGUGGGUGCAGGAGCCCCAACGCUCUUGCACUGUGCGGAGUUGCGCGGGACUCCAGGCCACCGGGGGAGUCGAGCCCGCAGGAUGGAAAGAGAUGCGCUGCCACCUGCGUGCCAACGGCUACUUGUGCAAGUACCAGUUUGAGCGCUUGUGCCCCGCGCCACGCCCCGGGGCCGCCUCUAACUUGAGCUACCGCGCGCCCUUCCAGAUGUACAGCGCUGCGCUGGACUUCAGUCCUCCUGGGACCAAGGUGAGUGCGCGCUGCCCCGGGCAGCAUGUCAUCACAGCCACCUGCAUCGUGGACGAGGUCGGCGCGCGCUGGGACGGGCUACCCUCCGGGGCCGUGCUCUGUCCCUGCCCCGGGAGGUACCUGCGUGCCGGUAAAUGCGCGGAGCUGCCUGAUUGCCUAGACAACUUAAAAGGCUUUGCCUGCGAGUGUGCUGCGGGCUUCAUCCUGGGGAAAGACGGACGUUCUUGUGUAACCAAUGGAGAAGGACUGCCGGACCCUGGGGGGACCACGGUGGCCACCAGGCACCCGCCGGCCACAGCAGCCAGCCCUGUGCCUAAGAGAACAUUGUCACCCAGGGUCCAUGACAAGCCAGGAGAAAUACCCAAUGUCCCUGGACAAGGCAGUUCAGCAACAUCUAUUCCCGAGAUUCCUUGGUGGGGAGCACAGAGCACGAUGUCUUCCCUUCAAAUGUCCCCUCAAACCAACUCAAAGACCGCCAUCACUUCUCCAGGAAGCGUGGUUCCCAUGUUUAAUUCCACGUCUUCCUCUGUCGUGCCCCACGCUUUGGACUCCUCCUCCACCGUGGUCUUCAUACUUGUGAGCAUAGCAGUAGUCGUGUUGGUGAUCUUGACCAUGACAGUGCUGGGGCUUUUCAAGCUCUGCUUCCACAAAAGCCCUUCCACCCAGGCAAGAAAGGGGUCUUUGGCCCCGCCCGGCAUGGAGAGUGAUGCUGAAGCCACUGCUCUGCGCUCCAGUUCUGCACAUUGCACAGACAAUGGGGUGAAAGUCACAGUCUGUGGGACAGAGCAAAGGGUGCCUCACUGACCGGGUCCUCUCUGGGCUCCAGGGACAAAUAGAGAAACGCGACAGUGAGCACUUCUUGUAAGCGGUUUUUCACUUUCAGGGAAAAGGGAAAAGAAGAGAAACUUAUUUGUGGGUCUGCUGAUUCCUAUGGAAGUCCCCUUCCCCUAAAUUUCCUCUACUCUUCGGAGGAGCUACAUCUGAACUGAACUACAUCUUCCCUAAGAUGGAAGAGGUGGAAGUGCCUUAGGGUGUGGUACUGGGGCCCCAGGAUUCUACUGGGGAGAGGUAUUUUCUUGUGUUUAUCCUAGGGGAUCUGGAGAAGUGAUUGGACUUUUAUAAGACACUGGAAGCAAACGGAAUACAAAUUUUUUAAUUUUAUUUUUUAUCAAAAUGGAAGCAAAAUCUCUGCCGACAUUGUUCAGGUUGGGAGUAUAUUAGGUUACAAUUUUCAGGCAAAAAAUAAAGGAUUGUUGAUGACCCAGA